GAGAGAGAGAGAGAGAGAGAGUUAGCCUCACAUGCACUCCUCUUUCACAUACAAAACCAAUUUUCCUCGUUCACAAGAAAGGAACAAACUCUCAUCUCAUAAGGCUGUGAUAUUUUACAGGACGGCCGUCUUCACUCUCCUCAAGUUAUAAACCAGUUAACUGCUUCAUAAUGAGCAGUUAGAUUGCCUAAUGCAGUUCUUUUGCUGUCCAACUGAAACCCUUUAAGCCAAAACACACCUCUAUUCUUCUUCCUUGAUCUCUUCUUCAUUCAAACCACCCUGGCAGCAGGGAAGUUUCACAAAAAAUUCUAAACGAAGAAGAAAAUGAGGACAGGAGGAGUUUGCACUGUCCAACAAGCCUUAACUGCUGAAGCUGCAAGCGUUGUCAAGCAGGCUGUUAGCCUUGCGAAACGGCGAGGUCAUGCCCAAGUGACACCUCUUCAUGUGGCAAGCGCCAUGCUGGCUUCCGGUGGUGGCCUUCUCCAAAUAGCUUGCCGUAAAUCCCACUCUCAUCCCCUCCAAUGUAAGGCCCUUGAACUCUGCUUCAAUGUGGCUCUCAACCGCCUCCCUACGUCCGCUUCAAGUCCCCUAUUUGGCCCCCAGCACCUCCCCCACCCUUCCCUAUCCAAUGCCUUGGUUGCAGCCUUCAAGCGCGCCCAGGCUCAUCAACGCCGAGGCUCCAUAGAAAACCAGCAACAACCCAUUUUAGCCCUGAAAAUAGAAAUAGAACAGCUUGUCAUCUCCAUUUUAGAUGACCCAAGUGUCAGUAGAGUCAUGAGAGAAGCUGGUUUCUCAAGUACCCAAGUAAAAACAAAUGUAGAACAGGCUGUUUCUUUAGAGGUUUGUUCCCAAAGUCCUUCGAUAAGUAGCCGAUCCAAGGGAAGCACCAGCCCCCUGGUUCUUGGUAGUAAUGUGAUUCAAUCACCGCAUCAGGGUCAGUUAGGGGUAACCCUCACUGGUAAAACUUCUGAACAAGUUGGCAGUGAUGAUGUAAUGAGUGUUUUAGAUAGAUUAAUGACCAAGAGAAGGAGAAACACUGUUAUUGUUGGAGAGUGUCUGGCUAGUAUUGAGUGUCUUGUUAGAAAAGUGAUGGAUAAGUUUGAGAGAGCAGAUGUUCCAGGACAUUUGAGGUACGUGCAGUUUAUAAGCCUUCCUCUUUUCUCGCUGAAGAAUCUCUCCAGGGACGAGGUUGAGAAGAAGCUCAUUGAGCUUAAGUGCCUCAUAAAAAGCUAUUUGGGUAGAGGGGUUGUUUUAUAUUUAGGUGAUCUGAAAUGGGUUUCUGAGAUGUGGUCAAAUUAUGGGGAGCAAAGGAAAAACUUCUACUGUCCUGUAGAGCACAUGGUCAUGGAGCUCAGAAGAAUGGUUUGCGGAAUAUCUGAUGGGAGUGGAAAGAUAUGGCUCAUAGGAAUUGCCACUUUGAAGACUUACAUGAAAUGUAAGAUGGGUCAUCCUUCUUUGGAGACUAUUUGGGAACUUCAUCCUCUUGCCAUUCCUGUGGGCAGCUUGGACCUAAGUCUCAACCUUGAUAGCAAUUUUCCAGCUCAGUCCAGAAGCAAGGUUAUUUCCGGAGAUGGGUUUAGUAUGCCUCUACUAGAAAGUAGAGAUAAACUCACUUGCUGCGCAGAUUGUUAUGCCAAUUUUGCUAGGGAAGCUAAAAGCAUCCGAAACAAUGAUUCCACCACCUCCACCCCCACCAUUUCCUCCAGCACAAGCUUGCCUUUAUGGCUCCAACAGUGCAAGGAAGAGAGCAGAAGUCUGACUAUAAAUGAUCAGGAAGGAAUCCAAAUUAGAGAUCUUUGCAAAAAAUGGAAUUCAAUUUGCAGUUCAGUCCACAAAUCUAACCUUGCCGAAAAGGCACUCACGUUUUCUUUAUCUCCUUCUUCCUCCAUUUCAAUCUCCUCGUAUGAUCAGCACACCCCUAAGUUGCAUCAGACCAUCCUAGGUUGGCCUUUAAUUUUUGAAUCCAACCAGUUACCAAAAGAACAUCAGUUCUGGACAUUCGAAAAAAGCGAAGAAGAUUUUGAACCCAGUCUGAGAAUGCACAAGCCUGAGACAAAACCAGAUCUUUUAUCCAAUCCGAACUCUAGUCCUAACUCAGCCUCUUCCAGUGAGGCAAUGGAGGAUCUGGAGUGUCUUAAUAGGUUCAAGGAGCUGAAUUCUGAGAACAUGAAGAUUCUGUGUAAUGCAUUAGAGAAAAAGGUCCCAUGGCAGAAAGAUACAAUUCCUGAAAUUGUGAGCACCAUUCUCCAGUGCAGGUCCAGAAUGAUGAGAAGAAAAGGCAACUUGAAACAAAGAGAGGAUAAAGAAGAAACUUGGAUGUUCUUCUUGGGUCUUGAAUCUGAAGGUAAAGAGAGGAUUGCAAGGGAACUAGCUAAACUUAUUUUUGGUUCUCAAAACAACUAUGUGUCAAUUGGUAUGAGCAGCUUCGCAUCAACAAGAGCCGACUCUACUGAUGAUCUUGGAAAUAAAAGAUCUAGAGAUGAGUUUGGUCGAAGUUAUUUAGAGAGAUUUGCUGAAGCAGUGCAUGAAAAUCCUCAUCGCAUGUUCUUCAUGGAAGACAUUGAACAGGUCGAUCGCCGUUCUCAAAUGGGCAUCAAAAGAGCAACUGAAAGUGGAAUAUUAACACUUCCCGGUGGUGAAUUGGUUUCUCUUGAGGAUGCCAUCAUCAUUCUCAGCUGUGAGAGCUUGAGCUCGGUAUCAAGAGCCUGUUCUCCCCCAUUAAGGCAAAAAUGUAGCGAGGAUGAAGAAAAAGGCCUUGAUGAUGACUUGGAGGAAAGAAGUCCAUGCAUCUCCCUAGAUUUGAAUAUUGCCAUUGAAGAUGAUAAUGGAGAUGAACAAUCGGUUUCUGACAUGGAUAUUCUGGAAUCUGUGGACAGGCAAAUUAUUUUCAAAACUCAAGAGUUAUGAAAUAAGUAUAGCAUUUAGGUGACUUUUACGGGAGUUAAUUUUUUUCUUCAGUACUUAAUUUUUUUUUUUUUCCUGUUUUUGUGUUUUGUUUUGUGUUUGCUCUUUAUCUUUUGUCUGUAUUCUGGGGAGGGUAAGUAAUAGGAAAAACAUGGAAAAGAAAACUUGGGUUCAUGUGCAGAUGGAAGGGAUUAGUAUGCAACUAUCCAAAAGAGAAAAAAAGCAUGAAGAGUUUAGUCAUGUAAAAAUAAAUGUAUAUUAAUUUAUGUUUUAUCAUCUUGUUAUGUGC